AUGGGAAAUUGUGUUUAAGAGAGAAAACCUUAACAUACUCUUUUUGAUGCUCAAGAGUUAAAAAAACUUAAUCAAGUGUUUGAUCAUUAUUGUGAUCUUCAAACUGAGUAUCAUUAUAAUAAUCUUUAGUACUCGCAAAAACAGACACCUAUCAUAGUAAAGCUUUGAGGAAAUCUUUGUUGAGAAUGCUGAUCUUGGUAGAAAGUUAUUUCGCUUUCUAGAGGUAUAUGGUUAAAAGGAAAAAUAUAUACACAGAGAUGUGUUGUUUUACAUUUGUAAUUAUUAUUUAAUAACGAAUAGUGGAGGUUCUAUUAAAGGAUGCCUCAUCUGUAAAUGAAUUGAAAAACUUAAAUAAGGUAGAACUAUUCUCACUAAUCAGCUUAAAAUCAAGUCAAUAUAUUAAGAAUAAAGAAGAAUUACAUUCUUUUAAAAUCACAUAUUUAGAUGCUAUUACAAUAAUAAAUGACAUUCUCAAAAUCAGAUUGUAAGGAGAUAAUUUUUAGAAUAUUGAUGAAAAAGCUAGCAGAGCAUUCCUGGAUUCAAUGUUCAAAUCAGAAAAUGGAAUUAUUGAUUGGUUUGAGUUGAUAAAGCAACUUAGAAUUCGUCUUGGUGGAUUAUCAGGAGCCAUCAAAUAAUAUAUGAAAACUAAGUUCUUCUUAUUAGAUACAGUAAUGGUAGUGCCCUAAAUGAAUACAACAUCAUAUUUAUUAAACGAAGAUCUAAUAUUUUAAUUGUAGCUUAGUGCCCAUGAGACUAAAUUAAAAGGGGCAAUCAAAUUGGAACUGUUAUAUUCCAAUCUAGUCCAUAAUGGAGGAUUUAAAUAAAUGAUAAAUAAUAUUAUUCAAUCUGGAUUACCAACACUAAUUUUAAUCUAGCAUGAGGAAAUUUAUGAAGCUCUGCAUGACAAAAGCAAUAUUUAAAAAACGUAUACUUUUGGAGCCGUCUCUAAUCAAAGAUGGUUUGAUACUGCAUAACCUCAAGGUGAUAUUAAAGACUGUAUCUUUUCUUUAUAUCCUUACUUUGUUGUUUAUUAAGCCAAAAAGGAUAGAACUGCCAAAAAGAACUUUUGUUACCUUAACACCAAAGACAUUUCAAAGCCUUAAGGUAUUGGUUUUGGAUUUGAUGAUGAUAAAUUUAGAAUUUGGAUUGACAAAGACCUUAAUAAAUCUACCUGUUCAUCUGAGGAUCAAAGUUAUGAAAGUGGGGACCUUGUCCAUAGACAUAUAAAAAAAUUAAAGGUUUUAAUUUUAAGCAAAUUUAGAUCUCAGUCAUUGAAGUCUGGGGAAUUGUGCCUCCUGCUAUUGAAGAGUAGUUGGAUGAUCCAAAAAUUGCAAAUGCUGAAUAAGAGUUCCAACAAUUCGAAAUCAAUAACUAUGAGGAGGCUGAAAAUUAACCGUUAGAGUAAUAAAUUCAUAAAUUCUUAGCUCAAAAGCUGAUUAUUAUUGGUCUAAUAAAUAAUAAGAAGUGAAGAUUGAAACUACAGGAACCAAUAGUUUUUACUGGAAUAAUGCAUAAACUGCUAAACCUACUCUUUAAUACCAUUCAAGUCUUGCAAAAAGCCAACCCAUUAUUAACUCAUAUUCAAAUUAACACCUAUCAUCAGAAGAGUAAAAAAUUGCUGAUUAACUUGUUGGAAAAAAUAUAACUAAUAAUUAUUAGUAAUAAGAAGUGGUUACUCAAACUAUUAUUACAAGAAGAAGCAAUCUAUAAAGGCCAGUUUUAGAUUUUAAAUAUUAAAAAAUAUAAGAACCAGAAUUCAUCCCUAAGAAGGAUUUUGUUGAAACUUAAAGCUAAAAACAGUAUUAAUUUGAUAUACAAUUUAGUGAAAUUUUUGGAACUAACAUUAUUGAAUCAUAAUAUCCUAGAUAGACAACUAAUGAAAAAGUGUACUCGUCGGCGUCAAGUUUGAAUUAGUCAAAAGGAAGAAAAACUGCAGACUAAAUUAUUUAAGAUUAUGAAUCAAGAAAAAAUAAUAGAAAUUAUUGAAUAAUAUUUGAUUCAUAAUAUGAAUAUCA